AUGGCUUCCGCUACCACCUUCUACGACUUCAAGCCCAAGGACAAGAAGGGCGUCGAGAAGCCCAUGUCCGAGUACAAGGGCAAGGUCGUCCUGGUCGUCAACACCGCUUCCAAGUGCGGCUUCACCCCCCAGUACGCUGGCCUCGAGAAGCUAUACAAGGACGUCACUGCGAAAUACCCCGACGACUUCGCCAUCAUCGGAUUCCCCUGGCAUUUCGGCUCCCAGGAGCCCGGCGGCGACGACGAGAUCCAGAACUUCUGCCAGGUCAACUACGGCGUCACCUUCCCCAUCAUGGGCAAGACCGACGUCAACGGCAGCACCGCCGACCCGCUGUUCGAGUGGAUGAAGGCCGAGCAGCCCGGCCUGCUGGGCAUGAAGCGCGUCAAGUGGAACUUUGAGAAGUUCCUCAUCGGCCGCGACGGCAAGGUCAAGGGCCGCUGGGCCAGCCUCACCAAGCCCGAGAGCAUAGAGAAGAACAUCCUCGACGAGAUCAACAAGCCCAAGGAGUAA